AUGGACCAGACACAGCAUGAAGCCAAGGGUCGGGGUGCUGGUACACCCAAUUGCAAAUGCAAUGCCAAUGCGCUUCCAUACCACGAGGGUCAAGAUAACCGUGGAUCACAAAUCCCGUCCGGACUUCAGAACGACCCAAGGAUAAACCACAUCAUUAAACUCUGCUUCAUCCCGCAAAGUAACAUCGGAUUACUUCCCCUGCCAUUCACCGCGCCUAUCCGAUGCAGUUGA